AUGGCACUCUACAUGCCAACCGUGUUGACAGGGGCAACCCUCGCCUUUCAACUCUUAGUUGCAGCCGCUGACAGCUUUUGCGGCCUGUCGGGUCAGGACUCCAUUGCACGAGCGAUCCUCGCACCGCUAGACUCGGCGUCCGGACUGCUUCUGGUGUUAGCCCUUCUCCACUACUUCAAGUUUAUCCAUAAUGGUUUCCUCCAUCUCCCGCGCUGGGCCCUGUUGCACACCACAGAAACUAUGAGAGCAGUUCCGAAUCUCGAGUUCCCAAUCCGGACAGACUGGAGGCAGAUUGAGAAGCCAACGAGGAUAGCGCAGAUACGGUGGAGGAUGACUCUUAACGAGGUUUGGGUUGAGGAGCCGACUGACCACGUCGUCAUUCCCAAUACGAGCCUCUUCAUUGUUCCGUAUAUGAGGGCUUGGGUUUCCCCGCGAGCCUCUGCUGCGAACCCGCCACAGCACGAGGUGUUGAUGAGUCGGGAGAAGGCAGGCGAAGCAGCGGCUCAAUCUUUCGCCCGGUUUCUAACCGUCGUAACCUGGAGCUCGAUCAUGUUUGCUAUACACAAUGUCGUCCUCCGCUUCUACAUCGACAAUUAA